AUGGGCCCAGCAUCAGAACUGUUUACAAAAUUGAACGAGGAAUGCAACUCAAAUGGAAGGCACAUCAAAACAUUCUUCGAAGAUCAGAUGGAAAGGCUGAAAAAAGAAGAGAAAGAAGUAUUGGAAAUUGUGGAGGUUAGAGAACACGCCAAAAGGUUAUUACAAAAUGAAUUACAAAAACUAGAGGCCUCAAUUGAGGAGGCUCGGAAAAAGAUGAAGUCAAUUACUAUUGCAUCUAAAUGUGUUAAGGCCGCUCAUAGCUACCUCUUUGAAAAUUUAUCUGGUCACAAGUUGGCAUCUCUUUCAGACCCUUCUUUAGAAAAAAAGCUUGAAAGUUUUCUUUGGUUUUUGCAAAAUUCAACAAACUCGACAUCGGAUUCGGUAACUAAAACAGCAUUAACAGAGUUCUAUAAAUUAUGUAUUAAUUUGGAUGAAGAAUUAUCGAUGUAUGAAAAUUAUUGGAAAUUGAUAACUCACUUGCUUAUUGAGCAAGCGAAAACCUCUAGGCCUGACAUUCAACAUCUCCAACUAGGAAUAAUUUCAGAGAUAUGCCGAAAAGAAGAGUACUCCUUUGUUGUGAGAGAAGCAAAGGGAUUUGAAUUUAUUUCAAAACUAUUGAAGUCUAUUAAUGAACUAGUGAAUGGGGAAGCUUGCUCCUGCAUCACAUCAUUCUCUUUGUCCCCUGAAAACAGAAGACAUUUGGGAGAGAUAGGUACAAUCCAAAACUUGUUAGACCUGAUAUGGCGAACACAAAAUGAAGAGUCUAUAGAAAAAGCGAUCACUGCUUUGUGGCAUUUAUCAAUAGAUGAUGGAAACAAAGUUUUAGUUCGCACUUGCAAUGGCAUCCCUUCCAUUUGUUCUCUCUUGAAAAGUUCGAAUGUUAGCAUUCUUGAAAAUACAACGAUAGCUUUAGGAUAUUUAACUAGAGAUGACGAUAAUAAGACCUGUGUAAGAGAAUCAGAAGGUUUAAAGCUGUUAUUGGAUGUACUACAAAUCAAUAAUGAUGGCUUGCGUAGCAAAGCAGCAGGAGCUUUGUGGAAUUGUGCUUCAAAUAAUGAAAACAAAAUCUAUCUUAGAGAGAUACAGGCAAUACCCAAACUAAUCGAUCUAUUGGAUUCCAACAAUACCAGUGUUUUAGAAAAUGUCACUGGAUGUCUAUGGAAUUUAGCUGUUGACAACGACAACAAGAAAGAAAUAUUUGAAAAGGGAGGAAUACCAAAACUGAUACAAUUACUAACAACUCAGCAAAAUGAGGCUGUGUUAGAAAAUGUGACAGGGACGCUUUGGAACUGUGCAGCAUUGGCUGAUGUGAAAAUUACUAUCAGAAAAGCAAACGGUAUGAAACCUCUGUUGGCGUGUCUGAAAUUAGAAAAUGAGAACAUUAGAGAAAAUGCUGUGGGAGCUCUCAGAAAUUGUGUGAUUAAUGAUCAGAACAAGCAAGCGUUGGGAGAGAUUGGUGGAAUUCAAGAAUUAUUUAUUGCUCUUGGAGACGAAACAAAAUCUUCAAUUAUAGAGAAAAUAAUAAGCACUUUGUGGAUUUGUAGUAUUGACAAUUUAAAUAAGAGACUUAUUCAAGAAUGUGGAGGGAUUCAAAUUCUAGUGAGUCUUUUGAACAAUUCCUCUGCUUCCAUUGUUGAAAAAACGCUUGGAGCUCUCAGGAAUUGUUCUUCAAACGGUAAGUAUGGUCUGUACUAUCAUAAUUAUGAAAGGUUAACACUGUAUGGCCAAAAAGUUGAGAGUAUUCAAGAAAUAAGGAAGACCAAUGCGAUACCUAAAUUGAUCGAGCUUCUCACAUCAGAAAGCGCCUCAAUGAGAGAGUAUGCAGCUGCUACUAUAUGGAACUGCCUUCGACUUGAUGAUGUGAAGAUUGAUUUCAGAAGCAAUGCUGGCGUUGAGGUAUUGUUAUCCCUUCUUGCCGACACGUCUGAAAGCAUUUUGGAAAAUACUAUUGGAGCUUUGUCAAUACUUUCCUCAGAUGUAGAAAUAAGAGAUAAUAUGAAAGAAAGUUUCUCAGCUUUGGCCAAUAUUUUAGAAACAUCUCAAAACGAGUUCAUACAGGAAAACAUCCUUGUAAUAUUUAAAAAUUGUUCAGCGAGUAGUAAGUUUUUAUUUGUUGACUUUGCGAGAAGCUCACACCGAUAA